AUGAUCAAUAAAAGAAAGUUGGAGAAAAAAUCAACCGAAGAUUGUUAUUAUUUUUUAUAUUCAGUUUGUAUACUUGGGAACGCAUGUUUAUAUAGACAUAAUGAAUUAUCUAAACAGUGUAAUGUCUUAUGUGAUGAAUGGGAUAGAACUGAGAAAUGUCGUGAAGAUUGUCCUUUUAGACAUAGUAGAUAUCAUUUAAAGAAACAAAGAAGUGAUGAGUUGUGUUAUUGGGAAAGUAACGGUGGUUGUAAAAAAGAAUUUUGUGAAUAUAAACAUAAUGAUCCAACUAAAGAUCAGUGGAAAAAAGGAGUCGUUAAGAAUUUAAAUACCGUACGAAAAGAAAAAAAUAAAAUUAACAGAGAAGAAAUUAAAGAAGAAGAUUUAGAAAAGUUUGAAGAAGAGAGACAAGAAAUUAAAAAACUAAAACUUCUUAAAUUAAAUAAAAACAAAUCUCUUAAUUACGAAAAAGUUAAUAUUUUAAUGUUAAAAAAGUUAAGUGAGUGUUUAUCUGAUGAUAAAAAACAAUUAAUAGACAUAGACAUAGAGAAAUUGAAAAACGAUAUUAUAUUAGUUUGUAAUAAAUUAAAUAAUUUAAGAACAAACACUACAGCUAAAAAUAAUAGUGGUUCAGAUUUUGUAGUAUCUAUUGAUGAUGAUUUAGAUGCGGAAUUAGAAGAGUUAAAUAAACUUAUUGAUUGA